AUGAGUCACUGGCUUGAACGACUGUUCACUGGUGCAUUAAAGCCUCCACCAGAGUUUAUGGCUACUGAAGAUGGGAUAAUGGUUCCAAAUGAAGAUUAUGAAGGCUUUAUAGCUCAGGAUAGUGCGUUAGCAUCAUGGUUGUUAUCGAGUAUCAACCCGCAUUUACUCUCCCAGUUUGUUGGAUCUCUCAAGAAAGAUGAAGAUCGCAUGCGUGUGUGCUUAUCUCUGGUUAAAGAAAUAUGUGAUGCCUUAACAUCCUAUGGUAGUGUUGUUCCCACAGUGAGCAUAAUUUUGAUUAAUGUUGAGACUCAGUUAGCUGGUUUUGCUGCUCAAGAAGAUUUAAUGCUGACAAGUGCUCAUGUUGCUCAAGGACCAGAAACUGUUAAGACUAGCUCUAACUUGUGUUGGCAACACUUUGAUGAAGAUUUUCAUAUUGUAUCUACUAAUGUUGGUCGUUCUCAGUAUGCAAGAGAUACAACCAAUGUUAAUAACGUCUCUUAUGACAAAGCUAGUUGUGACUGUUGUUUGAAUGAGACUCGAAGACAACUGACAACAGAGAGUUCUUCUCAGGCUUACUCAACUACUAGUUCUGCUCAAGAUCAAUGGGUGGUGGAUUUUGGAGCCACUCAUCAUGUGACACACAACUCUGGUAAUAUUACUCAUAGACCAGAGCACGGUGCUCUAGGUAAGCUUAUUGUAGGUAAUGGUGUGUCUCUGCACGUUAACAUGAUUGGUGAUGGUACUCUAGUGACACUAUUUAAGUCUUUGCUAUUAAAUGACUUACUACAUGUGCCUAGAAUAAAACAGAACCUUCUCUCGGUGUCCAAGUUUGCUAGGGAUAAUAGUGUAUACUUUGAGUUUUAUGAUCAAGGGUUUUGUGUUAGUGAUGUUGCUAGAAAAGAAGUGUUGUUGCAUGGUCGUAUUGAAGGAGGGUUGUAUGUCUUCUCAAGAGAGAGUUUGUUAGGUAUUUGUGGUAAUUCUUCAACUAAUUCAACUGUUGUAGUCGAUGAUUUUACUCUUUGGCAUCAAAGAUUGGGUCAUGCUACCUAUAGUACUAUUGUAGAUGUUUGUAAAACAAUUGAUGAUCGAUCACAAGCUGUAAGUGUGUUCAAGUUGUUUCAGCAAAUGGUGCUGACUAAAUUUGGUGUUACCAUCAAAGUUGUGCAGAGUGACUGGGGUGGAGAGUAUCGAAGUCUCUCUUCUGUUUUAGCUAAGGAUGGUAUAUCUCACCGAGUUGCAAUGUCUUUACAGUACUGGUAUUAUGAUGUUGUCACUAUAAUUUAUCUCAUCAAUCGUCUUCCAACAAAGGUACUGAGUGGGGUAUCUCCUCUAGAGAAGUUAUGGGGAAAGAAACCUGAUUAUAGGUUCAUGAGGGUGUUUGGCUGCAAAUGUUUCCCACAUUUUCGAGUGUUUCAAAGACAUAAGCUGGAGUUUCGGUCUCACCCAUCUCAUCAUACAACAUCUAAUGAUUUUGCUUCAAAAUAUGGUGCUAUUGAGAUUGUUGUUGAUGUUAAUAAGUUGCAUGAUAUGAAUAAUGGUGUGUGUGGUCUUACUAUACCUAUUGAGUCAUGCAAAAAAGUGACACGUGGCAAUGUGUCUGACAUAGCAGGAGGAGAGUCCUUGAAUAUAGGUGAAUGCUCAAGCUUAUAUUUGGGUGUUGAUCAUAAUACUAUUGUUAAUAAUUAUAUUGUUGUGGAGAAUUGUGAGGCAACAAUGAAUACAAGUGACUCUCUUGGACAAGAUGAUGUGGAGUCCAGUGAGCAAAAUAAUGUGGAGUCCAAUGGACAAGAUCAUGUGGAGCUCAGGAUGAAUCUUCAUCCUAUGCUUACCAGAAGCAAGUGUGGGAUCUUCAAGCUUAAGGUGUAUUCAACUGCUUAUGCUACUAUGAAACCUGUCAACGUACAAGAAGCUCUUCAGUUACCUCAUUGGAGAAAUGCAAUAUAUGCUGAACUUUAA